GAUUUUCUGUGUCUAUUUUCAAGUGUUUUUUUCCCUUAGUUUUAGUCUUAAUUUUAUUGACUUCUUAACACCCAUAAUGGUUUUGGAUAGGCUAAUCUAAAUUUAAAUUAAAAGAGGGUAUUUAAUGUAAGUUUUUUUAACGUGAAAGAUAAAAAUGCGGUUUCUCGGGCCAAACAACUAUUCCGUGAAGAUUAUUGCAGUGUAAUGUGUGUUAAAUGUAGAAGACAUGGAAAAAUAGGUGAAAAUGGUUGCAUUGGUGGAAGCUGGAGUAGUUGAAAAACCUCAGUCCUCUGAUUCGGAAGACGAAUUUAUUAUUAGAAAGAAACAUUCCUCUAACAGGCUGGUUGACAGUGACAGUGAGGAAGACCAUAUCUCUGCAGCGAGAACACUUGAACAAGAUGCUUCCUCAGGUUCCUCUAGGGAUGGUGACGCAGCUUCAGUCAAAAAGAAAAAACGAAUUUUAGUUAUGGAUGAAAGUGAACCAGAUGAUGAGGAGGAUAAAAGCAUAACAAAACAAAGUGAAUAUUUGAGGAAAAGUUCUGGGAAGUCCAUCGAGGAGUCAAGAAAUGAUGACGUAUCUUCUCCAAAGGUAAACUUGACCUGGUACAAGGACAGCAAGCUCUAUGAUGCUGAAGGGUCUGAUGAUGAAACACUUGAAGCUACCCACAAAAAUAUUUCCAAUGAUGAAGCUAGCUCUCAAGACAAUGAAGCAACCUUUGUGGAGAAAAAAAAAAGUCAAAGACCAAAAUCACGUAGCAAAAGUACCAAAAAGCUGCAGAAAGCGGACAAGGCGGAGGUACAGAAGAUCUUCAGCGAGAGGCAGCGCAUGCUGCGCGAGGCCAGUGUGUCGCUGCCCUACCACAAGCCGCGCCAGCGCACCCUGGCAGAGUUCCUGCAGCGCCGCCGGUCCCUCCCGCCCGUUCCCAAGUCACUCAAAGUCUCCACCGAGACGAUGAAGGAGAUUUGCAAGCAGUUAGAAGAGCGUGAGAAGGAAGUGAAAGAGUUUUUUAAGUCUGAGUCUGAAGACUCGGAUGCAGACAAACCACCAGAUGAUAGUAGUGCUGAUGGAGUGGAUCAAGACACACACAAUAAACUGUGUACUGAUGGUGAUAAAAUGCCCGAAGAUGGAAAUAAGGAAUCUCCUAAAAAAAGAGAUAUGGCUGAAGAAAUAUUUAGUGCUGAUAAAUGUCAAAUAAAUGAAGUUGUCAAAGAUAUAAUUAGAUAUGAUAUUGAAGGGAAGCAUGUUAAAAGUUUAAGAGGAACUGAUAAUGUAACCAGUGUUACAGUAUUGGAGGAGGCUGUCCAAAAUGAGUCUCACAUUCAGGAUAAUAGUAAGAGCCUAAUGAAUGGAUUACAAAAUGUUACUCUAAAACUGUUUGGUUCAUGUGUUGGUAACAUUAGCUCUGAUUGUGGGAAAGAUUCAGCUGUGGACAUGCAAGCAAUUGGUGCAAAAACCUCACUAAAUGAAGAUAUUGCCAACACAGUUAUUACUCGUACCUCAAACGAAAGUACUUUCAAACCAAGCAUGUCUGAAAGCUCACAAGUGGCUCAGGACUGUGUGUACGAUAAAUCUGUCAUGAAUAGUUCCCAUUUUAAAGAGCCUAUACAGGCUGUCAUUCCUGAAAAGCCCAUGAGCACAGACCUCAGCAGUCAAGGUUUAGUGUUGCAGAUGACGGAAGAAUUGGAAAGCAGUGAACAGUCGCUUGAGCCUCCUUCACCAUGGAAGGUGAGUGAACAAAUACAGAAAAGUAACACUGUAUCCAUCAGAGAAAACUCUAAAGUUUUUGGAAACAGCAGCAAAGAAUCAGAAGUUAAAACAGUUGAAAUUAAAGAUUGUAACAUUGAAAAUAUAUCUGUUACACCAAGUUCACCUUGUCCUAUUGGUGGCAAAGAUGAUAGAGCUAAUGUUUGUGUUUUGAAUGCAGCGAAAAACAGUCAGCCCCCCAAUACUGUAGAUCAAGAAGUUUCAUUGAAUGGGAAUCUUGUGUGUAACAGUUCAAAAAAUAUAAAUAAUUGUGAAGAAUUUGCUACGUCUGAUGAAGACAAUUCUCAAAGUGGGAAACAUUCAACCAGUCCUGGAUUAAAAGAUGAAGUUAAUCUUUCAGAACCUAUUUGUGGAGGUUUGAGUGAGAAUGGUGGAGAUUCUAGCCCUGAAUUCCAUGAGGAACCUAACCAAAAAACUAAUAAAAGCAUAGAUAAGAAUAGCCUUGCUGUUUUGGGGGAUUCUUUAAAUUUCCGACCUCGUCUGAUAGGUGACUCAACAGACAUCAUAGACCUAGAAGUUGUUCCAAAGCCUGCUGGAGUCAGAAAACUCAUUGAGAGAUUCAUGAAGCAUUCUUCUACCAAGAAAAAACUACAACAGAAAAAGCAGGUUGUAGAGCUUGGAGUGGUGAGUGCGGAGACGGGGCCGGACGGCGAGCGGUCGGUGAGGAAGGAGGUGCUGUCCGUGACCCUCGGCGAGGACGAGAGCGAACGCGAGGACCUGCAGCUGGCCCGGCCGGGCGCCAAGUUCCGCCGCCUCCAGGAGGGGCUCCUGCAGCAGAUGGCCAGGCAGCGCGGGGAAGAGUGGACCAAGAGGGCCGAGGGGGCAGCUGCUACAGAUGACAAGGGUCAUUGCAGUCCAUAUGAAGAUGAAGUGGAAGAAAUGGAAGAAGAAAUUUCUGAAGAAAGUGAGAGUGAAGAUGAACAAGAGGAGGAGGAGGAAGAUUUACGCAUUAUGAAGAUACGUGAAAAGAAGAGAACAAAAAGUGCAUUUGUCGAUGAUGAGGCAGAGUUAUCUGACGAAGGAAAUGCUGCUGAUGUGUCAUCAGAUGAAGAUGAAGAUGAUGAAGAUUUAGCCAGUUCUGAAAAGGAUGAUAUUGAAGAGAAUGCUGAAUCUGAAGUAAUAUUGCCCAGUAAUCCAGUAUCACAAUCUAAAUCAAGAUUCCACAGACUGAAGACACUCAACAUGUUCGGUUCAAAUGGUGACAGUAGUGGUGAUGAGGACAUUGAGGACACCUGUCCAAUCCCUGCAUAUCAGCCAGGAGGAGGAAUUAAGAGUGGCGGCGCUCCCCUCAGCGAGGAAAAAUCAUCACAGCAUCACUUCCUGUCACCAAUCUUCAGCCUACCAGUUAGAUCUAAUCGAGCCUCCAGUGUAAAAUCGGCUGCAGCCACCCCGGGCACUCCAAGCUCUCGCCAGACGGCAUCCUCGGCAGAGAACACUCCCCUCACGAGCGAGGCUCGAGGCCAGAGCCGCCUCCACCUCACGCAGAAGAAGCUGUUUGCAGAGCUAGAACCCGCAGACACUCAGGAAAACAUGGCUGAGCUCUUGGAUCUCUGUUCGGGGAAAUUUGAUGAUGUUCCGAGAAACAAAAUUGAAACAUUGGUUAAUCAAACCAGUCCAACAGACCAAUUUUCAGAGUUGCUUGGGCUGUGUUCAGGUAAAUUUGAGAGUCAAGUGGCACAGGUGGCAAGCCUGGAAGAAAAAGACGAGUGGAAGGACACUACGGAUUCCUACCAGCUGCCAGGGGACUCCCAGGACCUCCACCUGACUCUCUCUGAGGAUGUCCUGUCUCCGGUCAAACUUGAUAGACGUAUGGAAGAAAUUACUCCACAGCGAACACUAAACCUUUCAUCAUCUGAUUGUGAAGAAGACUCAAUGUUGGAAAAAAGUUUAACAAAGAAAAGAAAAUCCAAACAUUUUCACAAGAAACUAGCUUUUUCAGAUGACGAAGGCGAGCAGGUGAGCGCGCGCCCUUCAGCCACAGACUCGUCGGACGACGAGGGGGCUGGGGGCGGGUUGCUGCGCCCCGACGUCGUGGCGUACGACUCGGAGGAGAACGAGGUGGUGCCGGCGGCGGAGAAGGCGCGGUCGAUGGCCGAGUUCUUCGAGCAGGAGGCGGAGCUGUCCGAGUCGGAGUGGGGCAGCGCGGAUGAGGACGAGAGGGGGCUGGAUCGCCUGGAGUCGGAGGACGGGGACGAGGAGCAGCUGGACAGCAAGGCAGUGAAGGAGCAGCUCGACAGGAUCCACAUGCGGAGAAUGAUGGAUGAUGACAACAGAGAAGUGAGACUAUUGCAAGAGUUGUUGUUUGAGGAUGGUGAGCUGCACUCUGAAGGCAGUGGUAGACAAAGGAAGUUUCAAUGGAAAAACAUUGACAAUCUUGAUGAGAACUAUCAGCCAAAUAACCCCGACGAUGAGGAUGUGUAUGAUGUUGAUGACGAAAACGAGGAACAGUGGCGUCGGAUGAGGCAUGAACGAGAGAAGUUUUUAUUGGAGCAGCAGGCAAAGGGAGCUGUUGCCGACAGCACCAUGCCUGAGGAUGAGGACAGUAAGUUGAUGAAGCUGGGGAAGGCUGCCCUGAAGAGAAUUCGCAAUUGUAACUCCCAAGAUGUGGUACAGGAGAAAAAAAAAGAGAUCAAACGUUCAGAUUCAGAGCCUGUUGUUUCACCUGAUCCAAAACGGCAGUUCCAGUUGCUUGUGAAACGUGGAUCAUUUCUUGCUCGAGGAGAAAUAGCACUUGCUAGGUUGGCACAACUGACAAGGAGAGAUGCAGAUCAAAACAUCAAUGGCCCCAAAAAUUCGAGAAAAUUUGUAUUUGCAACAAUAAGUCCAGAAAAGGAAGAGAAUGGAAAGAAAGAGGUGACUGAGGCUAAGGUCCAGAAGCGUAGAUCUGUGGGAGUUACACCACCAGUAAUUAAGAGGUUGAAAUUAUCAGAGGAAGUCACAAAGGGGCGUUGUCUACUAGACCAUUUAGUGCCAUGAAAAUACAAUGUUUUAUUCCUUAAUUUUGUAUGUAUGUAUUUGUAAUUAUAUGUAUUUAUUACUACAGUGACUUUUUUUAUUAAAAUGAUGUUUGAUUUUUAAA